AUGGAUGUUCAAAAAACUCUAUUAAAGAUUUCCAUCCUACUGAAUUUUCUUCCCAUUGGCACUCUCCUCGCCUUCGAAAUGCUUCCUCCAUUGGUCUCGGCGAAAGGGAAUUUUUGUGAAGAAGAUAAGGUUUUAUCAUGGGUUUGUGACCUUCAAGGGGUUGAUGGUGUUCAAGACGAUUUUUUUCCCCUCAUGUCGGCUUUGGUUUUUGUAGCAAUCGCAUUCUCAGAUCAUCGAGUAACCAAUUGCCUUUUUCAUGGUUAUGCAAAGGAAUUGGACGAGAUUAUGCAGACUUUUCCUAUCAUUGUGGGUAUUGUGUCCAGUGCCCUUUUUCUCAUCUUCCCCAACACUCGUUAUGGCAUAGGUUGA